CGUAAAGUCGACUUUUAUGUUUUUCUAACACAAGACACUCACCUGGGGAAGUCACUCUGAUUUUGUUGAUGAUGGCUGAAGAAGGGACAAAGGCUGUGAAAAAUGGAGAUCUCCCGAAGGAUGUGCUGGCACCAGCAGAGGGUCCUCGAGAACAUCUUGUGGACACUGCAGUAAAAUUUCUACAAAAUCCAAAAGUGCGACAGAGUCCUCUAUAUCAGAAAGAAGCAUUUCUGGAGAAAAAGGGACUGACCAAAGAAGAAAUACAACUUGCUGUGCAGAGAGCUGGUAUAUAUAAUAAUAACCUAUCAGAUGCACAACAGCAAAUACAACAUCCUUCUGCCUACAGUAGUACAACUGCCUUGGUUCCAGUUCCCCAGCCGCUCCCACGUGAGUCACUUUGCAAUGCUUCUCCACCGACUUCUUGGAGUAGAACAAGAGAAGUGAUACUCACAUCAGCUUUGAUUGCUGCAGUUUCAUAUGCAAUUUAUAAUGCCUUCAAGUUUUAUAUUCGGCCAUGGUUUAUGGGAAAAUCAGAGACAGAAUCUCGCCUGGAGAAACUGGAAUCAAAAAUUGCUUCUCUUCAGGCAACCAUUGCUGAAAGCAAUAGCCAGAUGGUGGAGACUCUAAAGGGUAUCCAAGCCACACUUUUGAAUAGAGAUGGUGACCAGCAGCCUGCAGGUGUGUUUGGACAUCGUGAUAACCAGGCCUUAGGUGAAGUGAAGGCAGAGAUAACCUCUUUGAAAGGCUUACUUCUGAGCAGACGACAGUUUCCACCUACUCCAGUUACCAGUCCUGUCAUUCCAUCCUGGCAACUACUGCCACGAGAGGGUAAAAUGGAUGAAAUUACUGCCUUGAAGAAAGAGGCCUCAGAUGACCAGGAAAUGCCUAGGGACGCGGCAGAUGAAAAUCUUAGUCAGGAGCCAUCUAUUGCUGAAGAAUCUCAGGUGCAGUCUCUCUACGUAGCCAGUAAAUCCCAGAAGAGUGGAGACAUUGAUGACAUACCCACAACACAGGAGCCAGAUUUCAGUUUUUCUCAGACAAAUCAGUUAGACAGUGAUGCUCAUAGCAGUCCACCGACAGACAAUCAUUCUCCAAGCAGCCACUCAUCAUGCGACACCAAUGGAUUUGAAAUGAUCAAACAAAAUACUGCCUCAAUGCCUGUGAUUUAAAUGGAAAACUGACUUUGCGAUAUUCCUCUGCAAGAGAGCUUGAAAGCAUUGUAUAUGCUUUAGCAUCUUGUCUUUGUCAUCUUCAUGAGACUUUCAUCAGUGUGCAGAGUGUAGAGGAACAAAUCCCUCAUGUCUUUUUUUGUCAGAUCGUAUUCAUCUAAAUGCAUUUACUCCUCUUCACUCGCACCAAGAACUGAAGGAAUUUAGAAGAUGAAAUCAGUUAUCAUUGUGUGUUUCAGUAAAUUUCUUCUUUAAUCUUUCAUACUAUCUAAGUAGGUAUCGACCUUGUGAUAAAUGAAAAAGCAUGCAAGCAAUGUUAUCAAAAUUGUUGUUCUAUUGUUUACAGAUGCAUAAAGAUAGGGUCUUAUCUUUUGUGGACUUUUGAUUCCACCACAUGGUUCUGACAUUCCUUCUUUGAUUUCAGGAUGAAGUGUUUCCCAUAAUAAAAAUGAUAAAAGAAAAAGUA